AUGGCGGAUGCCGAGACCUCUGUCUCUUCUGAGCAGUUCACCAAAAUCAAAGAAUUGGAGGGGAUGCCAGAAGAAGUGCUGGCGGUCGAGGAGGAUGCAGUGCGUAGAGUACAGGAGCCCCUCGGCCCUGGGGCGGUGGAGGUCCCGGGAACCUGUGGGGCCCCCCAGGCCACACUCCUGGAAGGAGAGCCGGAGCUGGUGCUGACCACUGCGGAGGAGAGCAUGGAGCACAUCCUGACCCUGGAGCUGGUGCACUUCACCUCUGACCACGUGGAGCUGCAGGACGUGAGCUGGGUGGUACCACAGCAGCAGGAAGGGGUGCCAGAGAUGGUCCAGCCCGACGGGAGCGGGCUGCAGUCGCUGCUCAGGCUUGGGGAGGUGUCCCAGCAGCCUGUCGCCUUUAGCAUCCAGGAAGAGGUGUACUCACUGCAAGAGGUGGAGGUGCUGCAGUUCCACGGUCUAGAGGGGAACGUGGCUGUGGCCGGUGAGGGCAGUCAGCUCGCGGUGAGCCUGGCUGAAAGCACUGGAUUGACGGAGGAGGAGGCCCAGCUGCUGGCUGAAGGCGGAUUCCAUAUACAACUGGAAGAUGGGCUCUUUUUUGUGGAAGCAAGCCCCGCAGAUGAAGGAAGAGAUGAAAUCAUGCUGACAAUUUCAAGUAUAAAUAUGGAAGAACAAGAAGAUAAGCCUCCAUCCAGUCAUCCACAUGCUGAAAUAGCCGCCUCCACCAGAAGUCACAAAGAAACAAAGGAAAUGAAACAAACCUUCAACUGUGAUAUCUGCACGUUCACCUCUUCUAAACUUUCUAGUUUUAAGCGUCAUAUGAAAAUUCACACCAAUGAGAAGCCCCACGUAUGCCACCUUUGCCUGAAAGCUUUCCGUACCGUCAGUGUUCUGCGGAAUCACGUCUAUACCCAUACAGGAACCAGGCCCCACAAGUGUGGUGACUGUGACAUGGCAUUUGUCACCAGGGGAGAACUUGGACGACACAGACGUUACAAACACACUCAUGAGAAACCCUUUAAAUGUCCCCUGUGCAAGUAUGCCGGUGUGGAAGCGAGUAAACUGAAGCGCCACAUCCGAUCGCACACGGGGGAGCGCCCCUUCCAGUGCCACCUCUGUAGCUACGCGAGCAAAGACACCUACAAGCUGAAGCGACACCUGAGGACGCACUCAGGUGAGAGGCCCUACGAGUGCCACGUCUGCCACACGCGCUUCACCCAGAGAGGCAGCAUGAAAAUACACAUGCAGAAGCACAGCGAGGACGUCACCAAACACAAGUGCCCGCAGUGUGCCACCCUCAUCUCGCGGAAGAGCGACCUGCGCGUUCAUUUGCUCAACAUGCAUACUUACAAAGCUACAGAGAUGAAAUGCCGCUGCUGCCCUGCUGUCUUCCACGAACGCUAUGCCUUGAUUCAGCACCAGAAGACUCACAAAAAUGAGAAGAGGUUCAAGUGUGAACACUGCAGUUACGCCUGCAAGGAGGAACGUCAGAUGGCAGCUCACAUGCUCAUCCACACUGGGGAGAAACCUUUCACCUGCUUCUCCUGCAACAAGAGUUUCCGGCAGAAGCAACUUCUAAAUGUUCACUGCAAGAAAUACCAUGAUAAAAACUUCAUCCCGCCUGUUUAUGAAUGCCCCACGUGUGACAAGGCCUUUUCACGCCGGAGCAAUAUGCGGAGACACUCAAGGAAUUGUCACUCCGGGCGCGGGAAGUCAGCCACAUCAGGAAAUGAAAAAAUGAGAAAGGGAGACCUGGCCAUCCCGCAAGAGGCAGCAGAGGAAGACGUGGCUUUUCCUCAAGAAGCCACUGCUGAAGAGGCCUCCAUUCUGAAGGGAGACGACUACCCAGAAGAGAUGGUCCCUGCUGGCUAUGGAGAAAUCACAGCUGGAAUUGAGGACCUGUAUGAGGACAUGACCUGUGAGAUGAUCCUCAACAUGAUGGAUAAAUGGUAGAGUUUCAGGGUUCGUUUGUAUAGCCUGUAAUUCUCAAAGCAAGUUAGAAGUUCUUAGCAUCUUUGAAACAAUGAAGUUCCUGACAAUGAAAGGUCAGUUUUUCAAAGGUUAAAAUGCUAUCUGGAAUUGCCUACCAUUGUAAGUGUGUUUUAAAAGGCAAAUUGAAUUAGAGGAUCAAACCUCAAACUUAUUCAUUCAUUUACUUGAUACUAGCAAGGUGACCCACAAUGAAUUAACAAUGAGUUUUGGAUGGUAAUUAUUUCUGUCAUAGUCUGGACUAACCGGUGCUCCAGCAAAAUAGUUCAAGCUGGGAAACUUUAUGUUGAAAGGUACACCCCCCCAAGAUGUUUCUAAUGCUAUGAUUUGUUUUAAACAUGAAAGAUUGAUUUUGUCCUUUUUUUGUACAAAUGAAUUUCCCACAAAACUUAAAGCUACCAUAAUACUUUUAAUGAGUUGUAAAUUCAGCAAAAAAGAUCUUAAUAUUAUAAAGGGAACACUAAGUAGAAAAUGAAAAACUCUAGCUUAGAUUAGAAAAUAAUUCAUAGUCUGUUUUAGAAAAUAAUUAGAAACAAUGCAAAGUCUCUACUUUGGUAUAUGAGCAAGAUUCACUUUUAGAUUUUAUAUUCUUUGUGACUGUUCUGGCAGGUGUGAAAUCUCCCUGGUUAAAUUCUAUUCUUGCUCAUAAGUACAUCAGUUCAUCACCCUUCAGUUUUGCUAAAACUACUUCGUUUGCUUUUAAAGCAAUUGGCAGAGAAGAAACAUGAAAAUCUGAUAAUGGAAAUGCCUAUUUGUAAAGGAUUUAUACUUUUUGAUGCCACCCAAUUGAAGAGAUUGUUCCCACCUUCAAACAGCCUGUGAAAUGUCUCUUGAGUGCUUAAAAUUAACUAGUACCUAUCUUCAUAAUGCAUCUUAUCUUCUUAGCUUAGUAGCUGUUUUGCUGUGAGUUUUUCUUAAAUUUUAAAAUCUUCAUAGGCCCUAAAUUCAAAUUCUUUUUUUUCAGCUUUAUUGAGUUUUAAUGGACAAAUAAAAUUAUAUUUAAAGUGUACAUCUUAAUGAUUUGAUACACAUAUACAUUGUGAAAGGAUUCCUCCCAUCUAGUUAACAAAAUCCAAAUUCUUAAAAUACUGACCUGCUAUUAAAAAUAACCUAAGUCCAGAAGCCCUGUAUAAGGUAAACAUGUGGACGCAACUUCCUAGGGAGAAUGGCAUUAUAUUCUUUCAUGGCAGCAAAUUAAUUGACUUCAUAUAAUCCAACUUAAAUUCUAGGGUCUGUUGUAUGCUGUCAUUGUGACUACCUGGGUU